UGUUAGGGAACACAAGGGAGCUAGGUUGUUGGUCUAGGCUGGAAGAGCAGCUGUGUCAACGUCCUGAUUAUGCGGGCCCAUCUAUUGCUAGGGAAGUGUAGUCUGUGUGGCUGCACCAGGGAUCUAGAUUUAGAGGAAACAGCUGGGGCCGGCACUGGAGUUUCUGGAGCAGUCUGGAGUUGAUCUGAAGUCUUUUGGGACAGAUGAACUAGGAACAGAGGGAGACCAAAACGCUGCUCACUUCACUUUGGAAUCCUUCCCUUCAUAGUGUUUGCCUUGGUCUUUUUUGGCUAUGGGUUCGUGAGCCACAGAAGCCAGGAAUUGGGAACCCCAGGAGCUAUGACUAGAGUGGCUGUUGGAGAGCUGGAUGUCCAGGAGGUUGUAGCCCUGUCAAGGAUGGUCUAUGCCCAGCCAAAGGCGCUGACACCCAGCAGGAAAGACGUUCUUGUCUUGACUCCUUGGCUGGCUCCCAUCAUCUGGGAAGGGACCUUCAACAUCGACAUUCUGAACGAGCAGUUCAGGCUUCAGAACACCACGGUUGGACUGACCGUGUUUGCCAUCAAAAAGUACGUGGUGUUCCUGAAGCUGUUCCUGGAGACGGCGGAGCAGCAUUUCAUGGUGGGACACAAGGUCAUCUACUAUGUCUUCACUGACCGUCCAGCCGAUGUGCCUCAGGUGCCUCUGGGAGCAGGACGGAAGCUGGUGGUGCUAACUGUGCGCAACUACACCCGCUGGCAGGAUGUGUCCAUGCACAGGAUGGAAAUGAUCAGCCGCUUCUCUGAGCAGCGCUUUCUGCAUGAGGUGGACUACCUGGUGUGUGCAGAUGUGGACAUGAAGUUCAGUGAUCAUGUGGGAGUGGAGAUUCUCUCAGCACUCUUCGGUACCCUGCAUCCUGGCUUCUACAGUAGCAGCCGAGAGGCCUUUACCUAUGAGCGCCGGCCGAAGUCCCAGGCCUAUAUCCCCCGGGAUGAGGGUGACUUUUACUACAUGGGGGCCUUUUUUGGGGGUUCAGUGGUGGAGGUGUACCGUCUUACCAAGGCCUGUCAUCAGGCUAUGGUGGAGGACAAGGCCAAUGGCAUCGAGGCUGUGUGGCAUGAUGAGAGCCAUCUGAACAAGUACCUUCUAUACCACAAGCCAACAAAGGUAUUGUCCCCAGAGUACAUGUGGGACCAGCAGCUGCUGGGCUGGCCCUCCAUCAUGAAGAAGCUGAGAUACGUGGCUGUACCCAAGAACCAUCAGGCAAUCAGGAACUGAUAGCUGAGUUCCUGUUGGAAAGGCCAGACCUAUAUCCAGGGGCACUCCAGGCUGUAUGGGAUUGGAAGGAUUUGAAGUGUCACCUUCUACCCCACCUCAGCCUCCAGCAGCCCUGGUACCAGCCACUUGACUUACCAUAUACUGAGCCCCUGGAGUGAUAGCCACCUUCAGCUCCCACUGUGUCCCUGUGCUCCUAUUAAGUAAGAUGGUAGCAGGAGCCUCCAGAACAUGGGAGAAACUCUGUCAUGUAGUUACCUGAGGGCCAGGACAUCCUCACUCAGCUUGUCCGUUCCCUUUCCUGGAGGCUUGACAGAUGGCCAGUGCCCUUAGGAAUGGGCAGGAUGGCAGAUGUGCCAUCUGCAGGUCUCUGAGGUACUUUGCUCCUGUUUAGCUCAGCUGGCAGAACAACAUCCUGUGACCCUAGAAUCUGCUCAUUUCUGGUUCAUUUAGGAAUAGCUAGUUAUCCAUCCUGGGAAUAAUGUAUUUCUGGAUUAUAUGGGAAGUUUUUAAUUUUCUUUUUAUGCUUUUCCUUUUUUGUUGAGGUACUUAGUAUUGAACCUAGGGCCUCAUGAAUGUUAGUUAGGACUGAAGUCUGGGCUCUCUUCUAGAGUCACAUGACUUAACUUUCUAAGUGUUUGGUCCACUGUGUUAUUUUUAUAGUCUAGUUUUCAUUUGAAAUUUCAAUAUAAAGAAAUUCUUACUUCCUUUUUCAUGGUUGAGAUUAGACUCAGUUCCCAGCCUCAAAUUUUAUAUUUUUGGGGUGGUGGUGGUGGGUAUUGUUGCUUGCUUUUUAUUGAGGCAGGAUCUCUAGUAGCUCCAGCUGGUUACAGUCUUAUUAUGUGGUCAAGGAUGGCCUUGACCUCCUGAUCCUCCUGUCUCUACCUCCAGAGUUCUGGGAUUAAAUACAUGCCACCACA